CGGCAUCCAACCCGGCACGGCAACACGUCGUCUCCUUCCCCAGUCGUCGUCGACGCCCCAAUUCCCCAAACCACGCGCUUCUCCGCGCAAACCCUAACCCCGGCCCCGAUUUCCGCGAAACACCGCCCCGUACACCAAAUUCGUCAAACCUCCCCUCAAAUUCGGCAUGCCAGUCCCCUGCAACUCCAAUUCGUGAUCUCGCCGGAGAUGAUCGCUUCGCGGCAGACGCAUCCCCGCCGGAUUCGGCCCCUCGCCGCCGUCUCCCUGGUACUGUUCCUCCUCUUCCUGUACAGCCGCUCGGACGGGAGCUUUCCGCGAUCUCCGCGGCUCUUGAACUCCAAUCCGCACCCGCUCCACCGUAGAUUCCUCUCCGAUGCCGAACCUACCAGCCCCGCCGCGUCCAGAGGUGGGAACCUUUCGGAGGUCACCGGGCAGAACGGCGAGCAGCUCGAGAACCCCUCCACCUCGUGCGCCGGCAUAUCGCGUCACCAGGGUUUCGGGUCCCAGUGCGAGUUCAUCCGGGCUCACCCGCAGUGUAGCUCCGGCGGGUUCGUGGAUUACCUAGAUUUCUUCUACUGCAGGUGCCAGAGAUUUAGGGUCCUUGGCUAUGCUGUUCUUGCCGUGUGUCUGGCAGCGCUGUUCUAUAUGCUCGGAAACACGGCAGCAGACUACUUCUGCUGCAGCCUUGAGAAGAUGUCGGCGCUGCUGCGGCUCCCGCCGACUGUGGCUGGUGUUACGCUGCUCCCCUUUGGCAAUGGUGCUCCUGAUGUGUUUGCGAGUAUUGCAGCGUUUAUGGGAUCUGGCGCUGGGGAUGUGGGGCUGAACAGUGUGCUGGGUGGAGCGGUGUUUGUUACUUGCAUUGUUGUUGGGGCAGUGUCAUUGUCCGUCGCGGAGAAGAAUGUGCAGAUUGACUGGAGGUGCUUUGUGAGGGAUGUUGGGUUCUUCCUGAUAACUUUGGUUGCAUUGUCUAUUAUAUUGAUCGUUGGGAAGGUGACCUUUUGGGGAGCAAUGUUGUUCGUGUCGAUUUAUGUGGUUUAUGCAUUUGUAGUGGCUGCAAAUGAGCUAUUAAGGAAGCAUGCACGGAUGCUGAAGUUUGAUGUGGUCACACCAUUGCUUCCAGUCAGGGGAAGUAUCUUUGCACAAGGAGCAGAGGAGGAUGAGUCUGUUUACAGUUCACUUCUUGAGGAGGAUACAAGUGAUGAGGUGUCCCAGGUGAACUCAGCCUUGCCUCAGUGGAUGUGGGCUUCUCAUGUGGCCAUCUACUCAAAUCAUGGGAGAGAUGGCUCCCCUGACAGGCCAUUGUGGGGAUGGAAUGAGGGAAGAGAAGUGGAUUCCACCCCACAUAACUUCUCUAAGCUGUUCUUAUUUUUGGAGCUACCCUUGACAAUACCAAGAAGAUUGACGAUUCCAAUUGUAGAGGAAGACCGCUGGUCGAAAGAGUAUGCUGUUGCUAGUGCUGGCUUGGCGCCUGUUCUUUUGGCAUUUCUGUGGAGCAGUCAGGAUGGAGUAUCCAGGGGGGCUAGCAUAGCAGGAUAUGUGAUAGCUGGUGUCUUUGGGAUUGCACUUGCUGCUCUCGCUUACAAAUUCACCAGUCAUGAACGCCCUCCACGGAGAUAUUUAUUCCCAUGGGUGUUGGGAGGGUUUGUGAUGAGCAUCAUUUGGUUCUACAUUAUUGCCAAUGAACUGGUUGCACUUUUGGUUGCAUUUGGAGUGAUACUUGGUAUUAAUCCUUCAAUUCUUGGGUUAACGGUGUUAGCAUGGGGGAAUUCUAUGGGCGACUUAAUGUCAAAUGUAGCCUUGGCAAUGAAUGGAGGAGACGGUGUGCAGAUUGCAAUGUCUGGAUGUUAUGCAGGACCUAUGUUCAAUACACUUGCUGGAUUGGGAAUAUCGAUGCUGCUCGGAGCUUGGUCAACAGCACCCAACUCUUAUGUUCUUCCGCAAGACCGCUCUCUUAUCUACACUAUGAGCUUCCUUGUUGCUGGAUUGAUCUGGGCGCUUGUUAUGCUGCCGCGAGGGGGCAUGCGGCCUAACAAGACGCUUGGAGUCGGUCUCAUUGCUCUGUACUCCGUCUUUCUUUUCAUUAGAGUAAGCAAUGCUUUGGGAAUAUUGCCACUUCCUGGCUUGAAUUAGUUGUUUAUGUCCGCUGUACAUGUACAUGAUUUUUAUCUAUAAUCUAUACAAAUGAAAUGGAGUUAUACACAUGUUCUGUUGUAUCA